CCCGAUUCAUAUUACCACAUGAAGCAGUUAAUGUCUAAGUUGGGGCUACCUUGUGUUGAAAUUGAUGCGUGCCCGGAAGGAUGUAUGUUGUUCUGGAAGGAGGAUGAGGCACUUGAGUUCUGCAAGUUCUGUGGUGGAGACAGAUACAAACUUGUUCGUCAAGGUAAAAAGAAACCACGACAUAGGUCUGCACUGUCUAAACUGUAUUACCUCCCAAUAGCUCCUCGACUGCAAAGGAUGUACGCUUCGACUGCUACUGCGAAACACAUGACAUGGCAUGUUGAGCACGAAACCAACGAGGGUAUGAUGGCUCACCCUUCGGACUGUGAAGCCUGGAGACACUUUGACCGCUGUCAUCCUCAGUAUGCUAUGGAGCCACGAAAUGUGCGGCUGGGAUUGUGCUCAGAUGGAUUUGCUCCUUUUGGCAGGUUUGGCAAGAACUAUUCAUGUUGGCCGGUCAUGUUAACACCUUACAAUCCCCCUCCCGACAUGUGCAUGAAAAGUCAUUUCAUCUUUUUGUCUUUAAUUUGUCCGGGUUCCAAGGAUCCUGGGCGAAAGAUAGACAUUUAUCUUCAACCCCUUAUUGAGGAGAUGAAAGAAUUGUGGGCCGUUGGGACACCAACUUAUGAUGUUUCAUCUGAUAAAAUGUUUAUCAUGAAAGCUGCCAUCAUUUGGACCAUUAGCGACUUCCCUGCCUAUGGCAUGCUUUCGGGAUGGAGCACACACGGUCUGAUGGGAUGUCCGAUAUGCAUGGAGAAAUCAGGUGCCAACUGGCUCAGUUACAGCAAAAAAGGAAGUUACUUUGAUUGUCACCGCAAGUUUCUCCCGGAAAGGCACCGAUAUCGAAGGGACAAGAAGUCUUUCAUUAGAGGCAGAGCGGUACGAGAGAGCCCACCCCCGAGAUUGACCGGUGAAGAAAUUUAUAACCGGGUUCGACGUUUUCCUACGGCUAUGGAAGAGCCAAACCAAGAGCCAUAUGGGUAUUGUGAUACCCAUAAGUGGACAAAGAGGAGCAUAUUCUGGGAGUUGCCUUAUUGGAAAGACCUUCUCAUCCGUCACAAUUUAGAUGUCACGCACACCGAGAAGAACGUCUUUGACAAUAUAUUUAACACGGUGAUGGAUUUGAAAGGCAAAACUAAAGACGGUCUUGCAGCUAGGAAAGAUAUGACUAUUUGGUGUGAUAGACCCGAACUUUCUGUUGAUCUAGAAUAUCAGGGCAAGGAAGUUCCAAAAGCAGUCUACCAGGUCACAGAACCACAAAAGGCAGCAAUAUUAAAAUGGCUUGCGUCUCAGAAGUUUCCAGAUGGCUACUGCUCCAACUUGUCUAGAUGCGUAGACAUGAAAAAACUUACCACGACGACGAGCAUGAAAACUCACGAUGCUCAUGUAAUAAUGCAAAGACUUCUACCAAUUGCACUAAAAGAGAUGCUCCCUGAACACGUAUGGUCCUGCAUUACUGAAAUCAGUUUGUUGUUUCAAUCGAUAUGUUCCAGCGUUUUGGAUGCGGCAUCCCUCCGGAGACUACAAGAGUCUGUUCCCAUUCUGAUGUGUAAUCUGGAAAAAAUAAUGCCACCAUCGUUUUUCGAUACAAUGGAACAUCUCAUAAUACAUCUUCCGUAUGAGGCUUUGACUGCUGGGCCCGUCUUCUAUCGGUGGAUGUACAGAUUUGAAAGAUUUCUAGGAGAGCUGAAAAAGAAAGUGACCAACAAGGCACACAUUGAGGCUUCAAUUUGUCAAGCGUAUCUUUAACAAGAAAUCUCAACGUUCUCGUCUUUUUACUUCGAGCGUGACGUCAUCACCAGAAGGAAGAGACCUGCCCGGAACGAUGACAUUGGCGAGGAUUUAUAUGAAAAUGUAGUUUCCAUCUUCAAUUACCCAGGCAGAGGUAAAGGUGCUGCGACACAACGAUACAUCCUGGGUGGGGAAUUGCAAAUUGCGCAUACUUAUAUCCUCAUGAAUUGUCCAGAAAUCUCACCGUUUUAUCAUGAAUUCCGAGCUUCUUUAUCAGCCUUUCCUGAGAAUGAAAUUGAUGCGUUGGUGGACUCUGAUUUUGUAAAUUGGUACAAGUAUCAGAUCAAUAGUCGUGGGAUUGUCGACCCUUUGUUACUAUCAUUAGCGUGGGGCCCAAGUGCCAGUGCCAAAGUGUGGUGGCAAUAUGUGAUAAACGGUUACACAUAUCACACAGCCGAUUACGGACAUGGUCGACCAACAACGAACAACGGGUUAUGUGUCCCGACCAUCGGUUAUGAUAACUCGGAAACCAAUUUUUUUGGUGUUCUGCAGGAGAUUCUGGAACUUGAUAUGCCUUCUGGUGCGCAAAAGAUGACAUGCGUUCUAUUCCGAUGCACAUGGGUCGAUCCCACACGUGGCGUGCGCAAAAAUCCGCGAAGUAUAAUAUGAUUGACGUCAACCACUCUCGUGUAUACCCGAAAAAUGAGCCUUUCAUACUCGCCCAACAAGCAGCGCAGAUUUAUUAUGCAGAAUAUCCUACAACAAGGCGGACCCAGAAUCCUUGGGUGUGUGCAUGUCCUGUCCGUCCGAACAAAAUUAAAUCACAAACUCAACACAAGGACGUUGAUCUAGAUGUUUUUCAGCAACAAUUUUUCCAACCUCCGCCUAUUGUUGAGACGAUCAACUAUAACGUCCAAUUAAGUGAUCCCAAUGGCGGACGUGUUGAAGUCAUGCCCGAAACGCACCUUCCGGACCUAACCAUUCCAUCUGAGCGCGAAAUUGAGGAAAUGUAUGUAGCACAACAAAACGCUCAAUAUCAGGAAGAAGUUUAGACAGUGCCGCCUAGCUGUCCGCAGUCGCCGCCUAGCUGUCCGCCGUCGCCGCCUAGCUGCCGCCGUCAACGCCUAGCCGUCCGCCGUCGUCCUCCGGCCGCCUUCAUCCACCUUCUUCCGUCGGCCCUUCUUCAGUCAAGAUGAGCAACGAACAAUCGACCUCGGCUCCCCGCCCUAACUAUUAUGCGCGCAUGUCCGAAGCGGAGCGCAACAACGAUGGAGCUGUUUGGGUGACGCCUGCAGAAGUUCUUUUCGACGAACAAGUGUUCAAAGGCAUCAAAAGCAUAAUCGGAGGACACUUUCUUGGCACUUGGGCCACGCUGUCGGAUGUUGACCCCAAGGUUCGCGAACUAUGGUGGAACCUGUUCAAG